AUGAAGCUUGAUACAUCGCACAUGCGGUACUUGACCGCAGAUGACUUUAGGGUCCUUCACGCAAUAGAGAUGGGAUCCAGAAACCACGAGUUGGUGCCCACGCAGAUGAUUCAUUCCAUUGGAGGGCUCAAGUCACCUUCGGGUACCAACAGGGCCCUUGGAGACUUGGCCAAGUUGAAAUUGGUGGCGAGAUUGAGAAACGCAAAGUACGAUGGAUUUCGUAUCACAUACCUGGGUUACGACUAUCUUGCUCUCAAGCUGAUGUUGAACAGAAACACUCUCUAUUCGGUGGGUUGCACUAUAGGUGUAGGAAAAGAGUCAGACAUUUACUCUGUGAGUGACCCUAACGGACAGCAGAAAGUGUUGAAAAUCCACAGAUUAGGGCGCACGUCUUUCAAAACAGUCAAGAAUAACAGAGACUAUUUGAAAAACAAACUGACGUCGAGCUGGAUGUAUUUAAGUCGCUUGGCUGCCGAAAAGGAGUACCAGUUCAUGACUGUUUUGUAUGACAAUGGCUUUAUCGUGCCCACGCCUUACGACUACCUGAGGCACUGUGUGAUGAUGGAAUGGAUCAGAGGCUACACCAUGAAACACAUGAAAAAGUACCCCUCGUAUAAAAAGUUGUACUCCGACUUGAUGAACUUCAUAGUUAAGCUUGCUAACCAUGGUCUCAUUCAUUGUGACUUCAACGAGUUCAACAUCAUUAUCAGAGACCCUGAGGAUGCCAAAGACCUCGAAUUCGACUUUGUCGUAAUCGACUUCCCGCAAUGUGUUUCGAUCGAGCACGUGGAUGCCAAGUUUUAUUUCCAGAGAGAUGUUGAUGGAAUUAGAUCAUUCUUUGAGAAGAAGUUCAAUUACACACCCGAGGACGACUCUACGAUGUUCGAUACUGAAGGUUAUGGUGAGGGCUACAAGCACGCCUACCCUGACUUUGGUAGAGACGUUCGGAGGGUAAAAGAGUUAGAUGCCGAAGUGAAGGCGUCUGGAUGGACUAAGAAGAAGAACAGAGAAGACCGGGACUUGGAAGCUGCCGUUGAGGGAAUGAGAGCAAUUGACCUCGAUGAAGCACAAGAGGAAAGUGACUCCGCAGAUGCCGACGAAGAAGGGCUGGAGGCAGAGCUGGAAGACGAAUACGAAGAUGAACUGGACAUUUUAAAUUCCUCUGAAGAGGUGGUUGAUGAUGAAGAGAACGAGAAGAUCAUCGAGGCGAUAUCAGCUGGUGGCAAGAACCUCAAAGUUGACAAUCUAGGAAACUAUAUCUUAGACGAGUAA